AUGGCUAAAGUGAGCUGGAAUCACCCUGUUGUCCACUUCUACAUCCUGGUGUCUCUGGGCAACCAGUUCUGCCAUGGUACACUUUAUAUUCUGUUUGUUGUCAUCAUACUCCUUACAAACCUUGGUAACCUGCUUGUGAUCAUAACCAUCAUUCAUUUCAAGCGGCUGCACAAACCAACCAACUAUCUCAUCCUCUCUCUGGCUGUAGCUGAUCUGCUUGUAGGGAUGUUUGUGAUGCCCCCCAGUAUGGUACGUGUUGUAGAGACUUGUUGGUAUUUUGGAGACUUCUACUAUCGAUACUAUGCUGUUUGUCACCCUCUACAGUACCAAAAUAGAAUUACUCCAUUUAUCACAGUAAUCAUGAUCUCAGUUUGUUGGAGUAUAUCUAUCACAUUUGCAGUUGUUUUGGUGUUUGCUGAGGAUGAGACUUCCAGUUCUCAGUAUUUCUUGUAUGGCAGUAUUCCAUGUGAGAAGAUUUGUGUGAUAUUGCUAAGCGAAGUGGCAAUUUUAUUUUAUCCAGUGUUUAUUUUUUAUGCCCCAAGCACUAUCAUACUUAGCAUAUAUCUGAAAAUAUUUUCUGCUGCACGAAAACAAAUACGAUUGAUCCAUGGUGUAAACUCUCAGAUCAAGACACGUGUCAAGCAAACAUCUAUAAGCAAGGCUGAGAGGAAGACCACUAAAACUCUUGUGAUUAUUAUGAGUGUAUUUCUGAUAUGUUGGACUCCAAUUAUAUCCUGCAGUAUAAUUGAUCCACUUACUGGUCACUCAGUUCCAUCAGUGUUGUUUGAGGUCUUUGGAUGGAUUGGCUAUUCAAAUUCAAGUUUGAAUCCUAUUGUGUAUGUUUUCUUUUACAGUGAGUUCAGAAAGGCUUUCAGAAUGAUUUUAUGUAGAAAACGAUUUUAA